AUGCAAGAGGUUUUAUCUCAGCUACUUAAUAAUGCAUUUGAGAAUGGUAAAAUUGGCCGGUUUACUCAAGCUAGAGGUACUCCCCUUAUUUCCCUCCUUAUGUAUGCGGAUGAUAUUUUUAUUUUUGCUAAUGGUGGGAAGAAGUCUAUGAGAGGGUUGAUGGAGGUCCUUACUCUUUACGAGCAUUGGACGGGUCAAAUUCUUAAUAAAAAUAAAAGUGCUAUCCUUUUCUCUAAAAAGAUCUCUGAUCCAAGAAAGUCCUUUAUUCUCUAUAUGACUGAUUUUUCAGAAGGAUCUUUUCCUUUUAAAUAUUUGGGUGUUCCUAUUGUGGUGGGUCGUCUUAAGGUCUGUGACUUUGGUGAGUUGAUUGGGAAAUUUAAUAAGAAAAUUGCAGGGUGGAAAAUGAAAAUGCUCUCUACUAGUGGCCAUGUGAUUCUUUUACAUCAUGUUUUAUUGAGCAUGGCCACUCAUCUCAUGGUCGUCCUAUAUGUUCCUAAUGGGGUGUAUACGGCGUUGAACAGGAUUAUGAGUUCCUUUUUUUGGGGAGAUUUUGAAGGGAAAGGUCAGUCUUUGUGGGCAGAUUUCUUUAGAGGCAAGUAUGUGCAAGGUAGUCAUUUAUCCCUCUUGAACCCUAACAAGGGAACUCGGUUUUGGAAAGCUAUUGCACGUUGUAUCCCAGAGGUGUUAAAUAAUUCUAAAUGGCUAGUGAAAGAGGGAAAUGUCUCUUUUUGGCAUGAUAAUUGGGCGGAUGGUGGUCCUAUUAGUGGCCAUUAUCCGGUCCUUGAGAGACGUUUGCUUAGAAUUAAAGAGUGUUGGCUUGAUAAUGGGUGGGAUAUUCCCCUCUUGGAAAGACUAGUGGGUCAACAAAAAGCCCUUGAGUUAUAUCAGUUUUUGGCUAUGAGGAAGGAUGGGCAGGAUAUCCUUAUUUGGCUGAGGGACAACAAUGGGAAUUUUUACUACUAA